GCCUUACCGAUGGUUACUAAGGAGCUUAUUUACCCCUUGUAUUUUCUUAGUUAUUCGCUGUUCAGCAUGAUAUGUCACACACUGAGAAACCACAAACACCACCACACAGCAAGGUAGCAGUUGAAUUAAUUAAGAUACAAAGAUGUUCAAUUGAUAAGUUACAUCAUCUCAACAAAAUUAUUCAACAGGUUAAUUACGUAGGGAUUCUUAAUAUCACAAUUCGCUUAGAUAAUAUUCAAGAAGAGCUACAGUUCAAGCGUUUUUCAACAGAUAGUUACCGGCGUCAUUAUAGGUACUGAGCAUAUUGUUUACAAUGUUCGAGCUCAAACAGUUUAUAGUAACUGUCAUUUUAUGGAUUCAAUUAUAUCCAGUUUACAGCCAGCAGCAAUUCACAGUUGAGCCUUCUGAUACCGAAGUUGUCCAGGGCCAGACAGCAACAUUAUUUUGUACAGUAUCCAACAAAUCUGGUUCCCAGACAUGGGUGAAAGACGACACAACUCCGCUGAAUGUGGACAAUAACGUCAUCGGUGGAGCUCGUUAUAGUUUAGGAGGAAAUCAAGCAAAUGGGGAAUACAACUUGUUGAUAUCUGACACAGUGGCAUCAGACGCUGGCACUUACGCAUGCCUUGUGCUAGCGUCAGGUUCCGAUAGUCAGAUUGAGGCCAGUGCAGUUCUCACUGUCAUAGACCAACAGUCAUUUACUAUAGAGCCUGCUAAUACUAAUGUAUUCCAAGGGAGUACUGCCAUUCUGAUUUGUAACAUUGCCAACAAGCAAGGGAGAGUUCAGUGGUUAAAGGAGUCAGUGCCAUUUACAUUGGACACUACCAUCACAUCUGGAGAAAACCGCUAUUCAAUAGUUGGUGACCAGGAUAAUGGUGACUACAAUCUCCAGAUUAUUGGUGCUCAAGAAGAAGAUGCUGGGUCUUACCAGUGUAGUGUAACGGCCACUGCUGAGGCUGCUGCAAUAUCUUCCUCUGCUGUUACUUUGACUGUCGACACAUCUGGACAGAGAUUUUUAGUGAUCCCAAGCGAUACAACGACCACGGAAGGAUCUGACGUGACUUUUAGAUGUGAAGUAGAGGACAAAGUUGGUACAUUAUCUUGGCUCUACAAUGGUAAUCCUAUCAGCGAUGAUGAAUUCACUGAUUUAGACAGGCACAGCAUAACAGGUAAUCACACAGACGGGCAGUACAAUCUGUUUAUCUCAGAAGUUACGCAAAAUGAAGCUGGAACCUACCACUGUAUCCUGAAUUCCGAUGGUGUUUCUGACGCAGCCUCGUCUUCACCUGCAUUACUCAUUGUUUUAGAUGCUGUUGCACCAUCUGAAGACUACCCAAAAUGCAGCAUUUUUCCGAACAGUAACUUAGUGGAAGGUCAAAACGUAACGUUGCUAUGUGAAUCUGAAGGCGGGGAUCCAGCCGCUAAGCUUAGUUGGCAGGUUGACCAAUCACUCAUUGACGGCGACUACGUCUCAGAACCAAACGCAAGAAAUACGUUAGAGCUGCAGCUAGUAGCUAAUCGUAUUGGCGCCGAGUACUUUUGCCGAGCUACACAUCCAACCUAUAUCACAACUAAAACAUGCGAAAUUGGCGCUCUGAAUUUUGAACUUAAUCCAACAAUUGAAAUGACAAUUGAACCAGCACGUCAGGAAAUCAUCGAAACUAAAGCCGGGACAAUUGAAUGUUCAGCUGUUGGUGAUCCUGACAUUCUUGGUUACAAAUGGUAUAUAAAUGGCGCCCUCAUUAAUUCUUCUGACUCGAGAUUUACUAUUGUAACAACAGGUAAUGAGAAGACAAUGUUGACGAUAGUUUCAGCUCAAAAGAAUAUAGAUGACGCUUUGAUCAGAUGUGAGGCCAGGAACAGACUCGAUACGUCCACGCGAACAGCCGCCAUACAAGUACUCGAGGAAGAGUCCGAUUUGUACAAGUACGUCUUGGCCGUAUUGUGCCUCAUUGGAAUAAUCGUACUAGCAGCCUUGAUUAUUGGCAUUGUCGCAGCUUACUGCUGGAGAAAAAAUAAAAAACUAAACAAGGUUGCUCCAAAGGAUGUAGAAGCUGUGGCUAUGGUAGAGCAACCUACUGGUGCAGUUCCCCCAGGUCCUCCAAAGAAAAAGAAAAGGCGCAAGCACAAGAGACGUGACCGAGGGUCAAAGGUUAUUGAGCAUGUGAUUCACGCAGAGAAUAGAGGAGCACCCUACGGAGGAACACCUUAUGGAGGAAAUUAUUAUGUAGCAACUAAGGAUGGUUAUGAUGGAUAUUUGCCAGUAAAUGGAUAUCCAGGUUAUCCUAUGUUUUCUUAUAGCCCUGAUAUCAGAACUCACAGGAAGGGCUCGUAUUAUAUAAAUGGAGGUUCAAAAAGAGGAUCUUAUGACCUUGAGUUGGCAAGGCAAAAGAACGGCUCAAUAACUCCAAGGCCAAGUUUAACGUCAAGCGUGAACUCUAAGAAAGAGCCCGUAAGUCCUCGUCCUGAUAGUCAAAGACUAUCAGCUGUGUACUCAGUUUCGGACGGUGUGCGUAAAGGUUCAGUUAGUCCAGAUAGGCGGCGUAGUUCGGCUAAUCCAAGACAGAAGAUUUCACUGUCACCAGGAGAGAUUUACAAAAGAGAGGAGUACGAGCAGAAAGUACAGGAACUUGAAGACAUGCGAAUGACCAUGAUAAAAGAUUCGAAUGGCACCAAAUCAAGAAAACAUCAUAAAAAACAUAGGAAAUCAAAAGAUGCAAAGGUAUGAUGAAAGGUACCGUAGCUUAUCGGAGUUGAAACUAUUGUGAUAGAAAUGCGCCAAGAUGCUAAAUCAGCAAGAUAUGGUUGUCAUCAAGUACGUAUUGGGUAAACUCGAGGUAGGGGCCUACUAAUGUCACAGGAGGCAUCAAGUAAGGCAAUGACCGUGGAAAAUGCAAUGGCGCCAUCAACUAUGUAGUGUUGAAUAACGUCAUUCAUUCAAAAGACAUGGAUUAAGAAAUCAAUUUUGAAAGCAGCGAUUGAUUAAGAUGUAGAGAUCAGAAACGAACAUACACAUUCUUCGGAUGACACAUCAUUAAAAAGUCAACUUUACUUAAUCAUUAUAGUCUGUUUGUGGACACACUUGUACUUAAUUAUAUAAAUAGUGAUGGUUAGCUUAUAUAU